AUGGCCUGGUUUCCCGCAGCUACUGACUGGAAUGACUUCUACCUUCCACCGGGGAUACAACAAGAGCUCGAAGAUCUCGAAACUAUCUUCCGUAACGUACCGCAACCACCGAAUCAAAAUCAUCCUUUAUCGAGUAACUCGCAAUCCGAUGCCCCAAUGGUGGAUGCCACAACCUUGGAUCCACAUAGUUUAAUUGCCCCACCGACCAAUCACAACACAGGGUAUGAUAACCAACUCGUGAUGAACUUGGACAGCCCAUUCUUCUCCAACACGUACCAGCCACAAGGUAUGACACCGGUUUUCCCAACUGAGCAGCCGUUGGAAGAAUCCGUGAAACCCAAACCUUCACUCAAGGCUCAGAAUCCCCGAUCCCAGCGGAAGUCUCCCCAGUCACAGCACAUUCGGACGGAAGGCCGAGUUGAUGCGACAUAUCGACGUCCUGCACGUGUCUCCACGUUCAUACGACUGCCCGGUCCGGGGAUGCAGGAAGGUGUGUAA